AGGCGCACUCCGCGCAGGUGCGCUCGGCUAGUGGCAGACCGGCUUCCUAGCUGCUGGCGUCUGUAUUUGGUGGUCCAGUUGCCCGUGCCCGUGCGUCUUCUGCGCGCACCCCCUGCCUCAGAGACAGGUACUGCAGCCUCUCUGUGUAGCUCAGCUACCUAAGGGCAGAUGAGCGGUGAUGUGCGUGUCCACUCCUGGCCUUGCUCCUACUAUCUGGACCUUGAGAAGCAAUGGGUUCCUGGGAAACUGACCUUGACACCUCAUUCACUGAAGUUCAGUGCGGACAGAACUGAAGAGGUCCUUGUCGGUCUGCCCCUCUCCAGCAUCACUGAGAUCAGAAAAGAGACUUCUCUCUUUAUCUUCAGUGCCAUCACAGUCCUGGAGAAGGGCCAGGCCAAGCACUGGUUCAGCUCCCUGCGGCCCAGUCGCAAUGUGGUCUUCAACAUCAUUGAGCACUUCUGGAGGGAACUGCUGCUGUCCCAGCCGGGCACUGCUUCCAGCACGGCCUCCCCGAAAACCAGGGGCCAGGAGCUGAUGGGACUGAUGGCUACUUCCCAGAGACGCAUGGAAGACACAUCAAAGGUCCUUCACCAUCAGGGCGAGCAGCUAGACAGCGUGAUGAGGGGCCUGGAGAAGAUGGAGUCAGAUCUAGAUGUGGCUGACAGAUUGCUGACAGAACUGGAGACUCCUUCCUGGUGGCCUUUUAGCUCUAAGCUUUGGAAGACGCCAGCAGAAGUAAAGCCCAAGGAAGGUGUUCCUGUAGCCACUUGUGAGCCCUUUGGAAAGGACGGGGUUGUGAUCAGAGUCCCUGCUGUUGUUUCUCAGAGAACAGAGUCUCAUUCCAAGCCAGGAAAGCUCACUGUCCUGGUUUCUGGUUUGGAAAUCCACGACUCCAGUUCAUUGCUCCUGCACAGGUUUGAGAGGGAAGAUGUCGAUGACAUCAAGGUUCAUUCUCCUUAUGAGGUCAGCAUACGCCAGCGGUUCAUUGGGAAGCCAGACGUGGCUUAUCGGGUGAUAUCUGCCAAGAUGCCAGAGGUCAUUCCCAUUUUAGAAGUGCAGUUCAGCAAGAAGAUUGAGCUCCUGGAAGAUGCCUUCAUGCUCAGGAGCAGGGGCGGAGCGUCCCCUGCAGUGAGCAGCUGCUCCAUUCAGCAUGCAGCGUCCAGACUGAUGGGCUGCGCUUCACACCGGGAGCUGCCCACAGGAGGCCGGGAGGACCAGCAGCUGCAGCUGCAGAGGAACUGGCCACUGCUCUCUGAGGGGGAAGCCCAGGAGCUGACACAGAUCCUGAGCAAACUCAAGGGGCUGGCACUGGACACAGAGGCGGAGCUUGAACGCCAGGACGAGGCUCUGGAUGGCAUCACCGUAGCUGUGGACCGAGCAACCCUGACUGUGGACAAGCAUAACCGGCGAAUGAGAAAGCUGAUGUAGUGGGGCAAGCGGCCACACAGCCACCCCUGGCUCUCCUGAUCCCGCUGUUGGUAGCCCUGUGCCUUUUGCACUGGGACCUGGGACACCCUUGUUGGUGCUGUGCAGCUGUGAGGCCCUGCUGGGAACUACACCUUCCUAGGAUGGGCCAGGAGGAGCCACGGCAUGCAUGAGCAUGAUGUGUUUAACAGGUGCCCUCAGCAUGUGGGCCAAGCCCUGUUCCGGCAAGGAUGGCCACCACCGUGCAGCCGUCCUUGCUGUCCACACUGACACCCCAGCUUCCUGCUGCCAUUGUGGGGCCAAGGCCCUGGUAACCUUACACAAGUCACAUCACAUUGUCAUCUUUCCACCAUUUUUGCCAGAGUGUCAAGAAAAUGUCAGUCAUUCUGAGGGAGAUGUGAGUACUUGGUCUAGCUCUGCCAUUCACUGGCCACACACACUGGUUCCCCCUCAGAUGCUGCUGUAGCUCCCCUCCACCUCCCCCUGCUCCUCAGUUAGAGUUCUCUAGAGGAGCGGGACCAGCAGCCUCUAUGUGUGUAUAGUAAAGAAUGUUAAUUAGAUUGCUGACAUCAUAGGGGCUGUGUCCACAACAGCAUGUUCACAUGGAGAGACAGAGAACACUGUGGCUGCUCAGUCCAAGAAUCUGGACCCCUCAGCAGCCCAGUGCUGAAGGCCUGGCUCCUGGAGUCAGUGGACCUGGUUUGCUGUAACAGGUCAGAGUUAAUGGAGGCUGGUGUGAGCAGAGGACGGUGGCCGCCAUGUGCUCUCACCCAGAAUGGGGGCCUGCUCGCUCAGCACUCACUGCCUUCUUCCGCCUCCCAUGUAGGCUGCCCACAAUCAGGACAGCCCCUUUUCCUAGCCAGUCUCUCUGGAAGCACCGCCACAGACACACAGGAAUGCCUCACCACCCCUGGACAGCUCUAAAUCUAGGAAGUUGAUGGCCAAGACCAGUCACCCUCCUGGCCAGGCCGUGGCAGACAGCCUUUGUCUCCACGUGCAUGGUGGCUGCCUGACGUCAGGAGUGCAGCCCACUCCAGUGCAAAGGCCUCAGCAGCAGCAGUCUCCGCUCUCACCUGAAGCAGUGUCCUGACCCAGGCUGUUCAGAAUGUGACUAGUUGCCUGGUUAGAAGUGGCCCAAGCUAUGUCUUACUGUUGCCCUUUGCUUAAUUGUGCGUUCUCAGUGUCCUGCUUGUGGCUACUUCCACACGCCUUGGCACAGUGGGCCACUAGGACUCACUCAUCAGCUUGUGUAGGUGGGGAGAGGGUCUUGUGAGUUAGUUUGCUUUUUGAGACAGGUUCUCACUCUAGUCCAAGCUGCCCUCAGACUUGCAGCAAUCCUCCUGCCUCAGCCUCCCAAGUGCUAGGAUUCUAGGUAUUUGUUGCCUCACCUAGCCCUUCUUGUGUUUAUUUAGUGGCUAUAAGAUGGCUGCUGUGGAGAUGGCUGCCUGCAGUGUGUAGUGAUGAGCUCAAACAGAUACAUUCACAGCUCUCAAGCAUUUGUGAGUCCUGUAUGCUGGAGCCGCUGUGCUCUUCCCUUCACUCUUUAUGAAGAGCAUAGUGAAUGGCCAGGCACUGUGGCCUCCCUGACUUGUUCUGGAAUGCUGGGGUUACUUCCUUCUCCUGUCCACCUGUCCUUGGUCCCCAUUAUCCAGCUUUCUCCUUCAGUUCUCCCCACCCCUUCCCUUCCUCUGCUCCCCCCCUCCACUCAGUGCUCCUGUGAGAUGCUGACCUUCCAGCACUUGUCUCUCUGUGCCUGGCUCUCUUCCCAAGGCUCCAUGUUCUCUGGGUUUAGCCAUGCUGUUGCAAAUGAAGGGAUUUCAUGCUUUUCCCCACUAAGCACUGAUCCAUAUACCUAUAUCAUGAUGUCUGUUUUUGUUAGUGCUAAGAACCCAGCUCAGGGCCUUGUGUGUGUUAGGCAUGCACUUCCCCACUGAGAUAUAUUCCAAGCCCUUGACCCUUUGAGACUAGAGCUCACACCCAUCCCUAGCUGACUUCUCACUCGAGAUCUCCCCUCCUCUGCCUCCUGAGUGCUGGGAUUACAGACCUGUGCCCCGAUGUUUUGUCUGCCUCACCCCACCCACCUUUUUGAGUGUCACUUCUUUAGGUCUCACUAUGUAGCCCUGGCUGGCCUGGAACUCACCAUGUAGACCAGGCUCUCCUCUAACUCACAGAGCUCCUCCUGCCUCUGUCUCCUGAGUGCUGCGAUUAGUGGCAUGUAGCACCAUGCCUGGCCUAGGUCAGUACUUUCAUUGUGCUUGCAUAAUAGACAGUUUUUGGGAGGAGACCUCUACCAGACAGGCCUCAGACUGGCUUCAAAUCCUGCCUCACCCUCCUGAGUGCUGGGAAUGCUGGUCUGUUGCCACCAUCUGUCUGCUUUUGAUAGAAGAUAGAUGUUCGCCAAGCCUCAGAGCUUACAGGAUCUUCCUGAGGAACCUUCUCUGUAGACCUGUGAGGUAGAGCCUGUAUGCAGAGCAGAGCAAGGCUGCCACAGCAUACGAUGGAGACGCUCAGAGAUGACCGACCUGGACCACCUGUACACUGUCUUCCCGUCAGUUCACCCGGCAGACACGCUGCCUGAAAGACCGCAGUGAGGUUCUUAUUUGCAAGCAUAAGGAGAAGCUGAUUCCAGAGUAGGACGAUGGGAAAACACAGGGAUUGUUGGAGCAGGAGACACCACCAAGCACAUCAAAUGUGGAUGCAAAGACACCCUCAACAUGAACUACAUGCCAGAACCUGCACCUCACCAUCAGUAGUGCACAGCACACAGCAAGUGGAAAACGCCUGUGUGUCCAUCCACACCGCGCUUGACUGCUGGCUCAGAAUGGAGAGUUCAGCACUGCUGGAAUGUCACUGCCUGCAGGACACACAACUUCCUAGUGACUUGUCCAUUGCAGGACCCAAGCAAGGAUGGUGCUGGUCUUCGUACCACAGGGCCUCUCACUGGGGUGGAGUCUCCGCUGACUCUCACAGUCACAGUCAUCUCACAGUUGGGUCUCCUAUGUCCCUGACUCCUCAAUAUAGUCUGCAGAAUCUGGUGAUCUCGUUCAGCUUUCCCCAGUUAGGUACCUAAAGGCUCCACAGACUCAGAACACAGGCUGAGAACCAUGUCUUCCGACACAUGAGCCCACAAGGAACGUUUCAUAUACAAACUAUAGCAUCACACAGACAAAAUCUAGUCAACAGUAGCCCUGCCUUGUUCUUAGAGACCGAGAGCUCAGAAACAACAAAAACAAAACAGCCAGGCGGUGGAGGCGUGCGCCUUUAAUCCCAGCACUUAGGAGGCAGAGGCAGGUGGAUCUGAGUUCGAGGCCAGCCUGGUCUACAGAGUGAGUUCCUAGACAGCCAGGGCUACACAGGAAAACCUUUUCUUAAAAAAAAAAAAAAAAAAAAAAAAUUAAGGAAAGAAAGAAAGAAAAACAAAACCAAGGAGGCAGAGUUUCAGAGAAAGAGUAAGUUAUUUAAAUGGAAUAACUUUUAUUUUUCUUAUUAAACUGUCAGGUAAGUUUACUAAAAAUAAAUUAUCUACCAUAUCUGUGUGUAUGUGGAUAUACAGAGUGAAAUGAAUGACAGCAAUGAUACGAAAGAUGAUGGGUAGAAGGAAUUAGAAAUAUUUCGUAAUUUUAAAAAUUUAUUUUCACUUGUUUGUAACGUUUGCCUGGAUAUAUGUAUGUGCACCUCAUGCAUGCGUAGUACCCACAGAGGUCAGACAAUUGUUGGAUUCCCUGGGACUGGCGUUACAGAUGCUUGUGAGCUGAGACUCGAACCUGGGUCUUCUAGAAGAGUCUCCAGUGCUCUUAACUACUGAGCUAUCUCUCCAGCUCCCUGCCUUUUAUUUUUGAGACAGGAUCUCACUGUGUAGUCAUGGCUGAUGUACUUUCUGGGUUGAACAGGCUGGUUUCAAAUUCACAGAAAUCCACCUGCCUCUGGCUCCUGAAUGAUGACAUUAAAAGAAUUUGCCCUACA